CGCAAGCGGGAUCGCAAAAGCCGGAGUGUCCGCACAGUGAACGAUGAUCGACGAAAGGUUACAAAACUCGCCUAUAAUCAUUUUAAAUUGAUGUUCAUUACGGAAGAGCCUUGGGUUCCGUGGCACGAGGCUGACGAGUACGCUGAUGAUGCGUGGGAAGCAGCAUGUGUCGAGCUACAGUAUGACCUUGACGAGCUGCAGCCGGAUAGUGUAAGCCGUGGCCUGAUCAAGGAUCGCAUCACGCAGCUCCGUGGUGCGAUGAAGACAGUAGCACGCGGCUUGCUUGCUGCGCAGUACGGAUUCAAAGACGGCCGCUCAGAUGCAAUCAAAGCACAUAAUCGAGAGCUUGUUGCAUGUCUGAAGGCUGGUAAGAACCGUCCAUUCUCACAUAUCGAUCCACGCAAUCCGACGACUGCAUGUCGUAACCCCAUAUUCGCUGACACUCUGGCGAAAACGUGCAAGUGGUUUUCAGAUACCAAAGGAGACGGUUAUUGCUACAAGCAGUACUUCACGCCGGGGAAGCCCAUGCAAGUUUUGAUCGCUCAGCUAUUGACAACGGUUGAAUGUGCGAUUGAUGAAUGGAAGACAGGAACCUUCAAAGAAGUAGACUUCCGCGAGAACGUGUAUGCAAGUAUCUACCAGAAGCAUCUUUCCUGGCUCAUCGAGUGGGAGAAAUACUCGAAAGAUCGGUCGCAGGCUGACCUUCGCAUGCAAGAAGACUUGAUCCGUUCACUCCGG